AUGGCAGAAUUACUGGAUGAGAUGCUCGGCAUCCAACUACCUGGUUUUGAGAUCGAUAAUCGCCGAUUUGCCGAGUUGACAGACAUCGACAAGAUAGUAGAGGGAAAAUAGUCGAAAUCGACAAAACGAUCCACCAAAUGGUGUGUGUCAACAUUCAAAGCAUGGUGUAAAGAGGAAAACAUACAAACACCAAUGGAGAGAAUGGCAGUGGGCCAACUUGAUACUAAUUUAAGACGUUUUUACGCUGAAGCGCGUAAAAAGGACGGUCAAGAAUAUAGCAAGAAAACCUUGAUUGGCUUUAGGCAUGGCAUUGAAAGACAUCUAAACCAGCCACCAAAUAACAAAAGUCUACAAAUCGUCACGGAUCUUCGUUUUCAAAGAUCAAACCAGAUGCUAGAUGCAAAAAUUGUUCAGUUGAAGCGAAGUGGGAAAGAAACCAGCAGCAAGCACAAGCCACCGAUUGAAAGCGAUGAUCUUCAAAAGAGAAAAACAUCAGAAGCACUUUCUAUCAGCAACCCAGUUUCUCUACUACGUAAUGUAUGGUUCCACGUAGUGCUUUUCUUUUGUAGAAGAGGACGAGAAGGGCAGAGGCAACUGAAGACAACGAGCUUUAAGUUUGAGAAGGAUGCGGCUGGAAGAAACUACAUCACCAUGACUCAAGACGAAAUAACCAAAUGCAAAGCCGUCAUCUUCGUAGAAAAACUGACUUCAAUUUUGCUCAAAGCAACUGAGAACAUUUUUCUCUAUUAA